AUGGCCCCAUAGAUCCUUGCCUUUGACAAAUAUCUUGAAGUGGAAUGCUUAAGCUGAGUAGUGUUUUCCAUUAAAACGAACCAAGAAAGCAUCAGACUUAUCUGAAGACAUGAGGCCGAGAGAACUUGAUCAAGAAUAAUCAAGAACAAGGGACUGAACUAGGGCAGAGUUGGACUUGAGAACAAGAGAAUUCAGAAUUGUUGCUCUGAUGCCAUGAUAAACUUAGAGAGCUUUGAGCAAAAACUGGUGUCGAGAGUGGCAUUGCUGAUCAGAUUAUUACAACCCAAAAUCCCAGAACCACAAACAAGAACAGUGAAAAUAAGAUAGCCAAUCUGAGAAUUUCUUUUUUCUUGUUUAUAAGUAGCAAAUCUGAGAAAGCUAGAGAUCUUUUCACGAACAUGUGGUCUGCAGAUUUGAAAGCAGCACUAGGCCAGAGACUCAACUUAGAGGGCAUUGUUUCUUCGGCUAUGGUGGUUGUAAAGGACAGGCACAUGGCACUUCCGCAUGUCUCCGUGCCUGACAUAAGAUACAUUGAUUGGAUUGAGCUGCACAGGAGGGGUUUCAAGGGUGUUGUAUUUGAUAAGGAUAAUACUCUUACUGCACCUUACUCUUUAAAAUUGUGGGGCCCUCUUUGUUCGUCACUUGAGCUGUGUAAAUCGGUUUUUGGCCCAGAAAUUGCAGUGUUCAGCAAUUCGGCAGGGCUGUAUGAGUAUGACAUUGAUGGUUCAAAAGCUAGGGAGCUUGAGGGGGUAAUUGGAAUCAAAGUAAUAAUGCAUACAUCUAUAUGUUGUGCUCUAGAGGUGAAGAAACCAGCUGGAAGGGCUGAAGAAAUUGAGAAUCACUUCGGCUGUAAAUCCUCACAACUUAUCAUGGUGGGUGACCGGCCAUUUACAGAUAUCGUUUAUGGAAACCGAAAUGGAUUUCUGACUAUUCUAACUGAACCUUUAAGUCUCGCUGAGGAGCCAUUCAUUGUUAGGCAGGUGAGGAAACUUGAAACAGCCCUUGUUAAGCACUGGUUUAGGAGAGGGUUGAAGCCAACCAGUCACAUACUAUUGUCAGAUGCCAUGCUUUGUGUAAAAAAUACCCCAUCGUCGUGAGAAAAGAAACGUCAAUAUAAUGCAAUAGGAAAUGGUCUGGAAUGGGUUGAAAAGAUAGUACUCUUCAGUAAAUUAUUUAUUUUUUUAACAACCUUCCAUAUUGAGAAUUUUAGAGAGUAACCACUAGGGCUUAGUUCAAGUGGUAAGAGCCUCUUGGUAGCAUGCUUUGUUGAGGUCAAUUGUUCGAACCCUUGACAAUUUUUAGGGUUCUGAUAUGGGAGAAUUGCCCUUUGAAUAAUUUAUGGUGCACUUGCGAAAACUUUCUUG